AUGCAGAAUGUAGAAGGUGAUGCUAAUUGUAUUGAUAUUGAUGAAUUAAUUAGUGAUGUGGAUUCUGAUGAUGAUGAUUAUGAAGCCCAGACAUUUCCUUUGUUAAACCCCAUUAAGGAUGCAGAAAACUCUGACUUGCAGCUUACUUGGCUAAGAGAAAAGUUGUUAAAAUGGUUCAGGGGUCUGUUAGCCAGCAAUUUAGCAGGAUCAAAAUUAUUGUGCAGAGUUGAUGAAGGUAGAUCCAAGUGCCACAAUCAUUUAAAAUUAACUGAGGAUGAAGAUGGUUCAACGUUUCAGCGUAUGUACGUUUAUUUUUCUGCAUGCAAAGAAGGAUUUAAGAAAGCAUGUAGACCUCUUGUUGGUGUUGAUGAAUGCUUUCUUAAAAGUAAGAAUGGUGGACAAUUGCUGGCAGCAGUUGGGCUAGAUCCCAAUAAUAAUAUCUUCCCUAUUUGCUAUGCCUUGGUUGAAAGAGAAACAAAAGAUAGUUGGAUGUGGUUUCUGCAGUUGUUAGACCCUGAUAUAGGCAUUGGAGAUGGACAUAGAUGGACAUUCAUGUCAUACAAACAAAAGGGGCUGAUUUUGGCAUUCAAAAGAUUGUUUCCUGCUGCUGAGAAUUGUUUUUGUAUUAGGCAUUUGCAUAGCAACAUGAAAAGGGAAGGGUUUCCAGGUAUGUCUAUUAGAAAUUCACUUUGGACCGUAGCCAAAGCAACAACAAUUGCAGAAUUUCGUCAUAGGAUGGAGGAGAUGAAACAAAUUGAUGUGAAAGUGUACGAAUGGUUGGCUAAGAAACCCAAGGAACAUUGGUCCAAGUCACAUUUUACCAUAACCCCCAAAAGUGAUGCACUUUUGAAUAAUAUGUGCAAGUGCUUGAACAGUUUUAUCUUGGAGGCCAGAGAGAAGCCAAUUAUUCUGAUGUUUGAAGUUAUAAGAAAUUUACUCAUAGUUCGAUUUCAACUUCAUAGAGAAAAGGUUGAGAAAUGA